GGCUUGGUCGGUGAGAAACGCCCGCGUAGCCCACUGGCGCGCAUUGGGCCGGUGUAACGGAGCGUUGACUCCGCGGCCGGCCUUUCUGCGCGGAAGCGAAAGUGCUGCGUGGUGAAAGCUCGAUCUCGUACGGCAAGAUGUCGUCGGAUGCCGAGCAAGAACUGCGUUCCAGCGACAGCCGAUCGUCGAGCCCGCCUCUGGAAGCUCGCACGAACGGACACAGCGAGGGGAGCCCGUCGCGGCAAGACAUGCGCUCGUCUCGCAGCCUCCUGGACACCUCGUACGCGCCCAAAGUUCUGCGCAAGACGAGUGACUGCCUGGUUAGCCAGGAGCCGCCGUCGCACUGCAACGAGUCCAAAGUGCUGGUGCUCUACAGUGGUGGUACCAUCGGCAUGGUUCGAGAUUGCGAAGGAGGCGUUCUGCGGCCAAUGCCUCAGGUAAUGGAGAAUCGGCUGCGCACCUUUCCUCAGUUGCACGACACGGAGUAUUCGAGCACACGCUUUACGGACCCAAACAAGCCGCCCUUAGUACUGCCUUGUACCGGGGACCCCAAUCGUGUCGUGUACACCAUCUAUGAAUAUGACCCACUGCUUGACUCAUCCAAUGCUACCAUGGACGACUGGGUCCGUAUUGCGCUUGAUAUUCGGGCAUAUUACGAACAAUUUGAUGGCUUUGUUGUGCUGCACGGAACUGACACGAUGGCUUACACAGCGUCUGCCCUGUCCUUCAUGCUCGAGAACCUGGGCAAGUCUGUCAUCAUCACAGGUUCACAGAUUCCAAUUUUUGAACCGAGGAGUGACGGACGGGAGAACUUGCUCAACUCACUCAUCAUAGCUGGCAACUACGUCAUUCCAGAGGUGACGUUGAUGUUCAACAACAAGCUGUUUCGUGGCAACCGGACAAGCAAGACGAGCAUCAAUGAGCUGGAUGCUUUCUCCUCCCCCAAUCUGCCUCCCCUGGCCACCAUUGGUGUCAAGAUAAAAGUCAACUGGAGAGCCGUGUUCCAGCAGAACACCAUGGAGAAGUUUCGUGUGCACUCCAAGCUGAACCGCAACGUUGGCCUCCUUCGUCUCUUCCCCAGCAUCACCGUUGAAGUGGUGUGUGCGUGCCUCCUUUUGAUGAACGCAAGAACGAGAAAAAAAUACUUGCUCUGGCUUUGUAAAUGGCAGGUGUGAUCAGUGGCACGUGGA